AUGACGUACGAUUUGUCCCGAUUGACACAAGAUAUUCCACAAGACAACUCAGAUCUGUCACCCAAACCGUCGGUAUUUGAUCAUUCGCCUAUCACAUCGGACCAGAAUGGAAACACGAGUCAUGAGAUUCCCCUACAACGUCGUCGAUGCACAAUUAGCCGCUCCUCUUCUACUGAUUCAAUUUCAGGGGAGACUCUAAUUGGAGAAUACUUCUCUUCUGACGAACUCGACAAGUUGAGUACAGCUCUCAGUGAGGUUUCUUCGGAAGGAAACAAUGAACAUUCUACUGCUCUCGUUUAUGAUUUGUUCCAAGCACAACUGGCUCUUUGGACAUGCGCCUUCUCACUACUGUACUCUUAUGCCUGGAUGCAGCAUCGCAAAAAAUUUCUGCUCAGCAUUUUUAUUGUGGUUCCAGUGACGUUCACUCUCACGUGUGCCAUGUCUUGGCUUCUUUCCUGCAUCGUCAUUAUCGGGCGUAUUUUCUCAACACCUGUCGACUACAAGCACUACUUCGAUUUGUCGCGUCAUGGAGGUCUCGAUUUUGAUCGUGAUUCCGUGUGUGAAGCGUUCCGCCAGCGUAGUAUGUCAGGUGCAUCAUCGGCUUCGCUUCAGGAUGAUACAACCUUGCCAAAGCCGUUGUGUAGAAGGCACAGUUCCCAUACAUCCCUGUGCAGUCGACCUCCGUCUGUUAAUCGAAAGCUUUCAUACGUUUUCUCACACUACAAUUCACAAUCAAAUGAUGAAGAAAAUUGA